AUGAGAAGAUUUGCCGUUUGUUGUUUAAAAAUUUCAUCAAUAAAAUCAUCACCACAAUCCAUUAAUGCUAAUGUUCAACAACAAAAACGUGGACCAGAAUUUCUUAUUGAACCACCCGGAAUAAUUACAUUUAUAAAUGAUACCGGUACGGUAAUUACUUGCAGUGCACGUGGACAACCAUCGCCAAAAAUUUAUUGGAUUUAUGCUACAAUCGCUACAGAAAAUGGCAUUGGUGGUGGUAGCAUGAUGAAUCAUUUAAUACCGGUAGAUGGUCUGCAACAAAUUCGUCAUGAUUCUUUGGCAUCACAAUUAAUUUAUUUACCAUUUAAAUCAAAUCAAUAUCGACAAGAUGUACAUUCAAUCAGGAUACGUUGUAUAGCGACAAAUCAAUUUGGUUCCAUUCAAAGUCAUGAUAUUCAAAUACGUGCAUCCGUACGACAACCAUACGAUAUACAAGUGUAUGAUGAUUUUGUUAUCAAAGAAAAUACUGGGAUAUUACGAUGUCAUAUACCGAGUUUUAUUCGUGAACAUGUUCGUGUUACAAAUUGGCUUCGCCAUAGAGAUGAUAAUGGUGUUGUUGGUGGUGGUAACACUGCUGGUGAUCAGAUAAUUAUAUCAGAUCUAAUUAAAGGUGGCCGUUAUAGUAUCAUGCCUAAUGGUGAUUUGCAUGUACAUUAUAUUCAAAUUGAUGAUAAUGAUCGAUUAUCAUCGUCUUCUUCUUCUUCUUCUUCUUCAUCGUCAACGAGUUUACAAUCAUCAUCAUCA